CGCGUCUCGAUCGAGACUUGACAAGUACACGAACUUCGAGGCCCAGUCGACGCCAGCGUCGACGCCGUACAGUUACAGUGUUGUAACUGUUGCACCCACUAUCUCAACUCGAACUUACUCCUGAAGCCAUUCCAAAUUGUCGCCAGCUGAGCCAUCUGUACCUGAACACACCUCGGAGACUCCCUCAGCCCCGUAGCACGUUAGAGACGGUGCAUAAUGGAGGUUCGCACCACAAGAGACUCCAGUGCACCAGUCGCUCAUUCCGGCAUACCAGGAACUGCAGAAGGCGGGACUGUACCGAUCGAUUCACAUAGCCGCGCCAAUCCAAACCGUCUACCGCCAGAGCUACUACACAAGAUUUUUGUGUCUUGCAUAUUCAACUCGAUAACGAAAACGUCACACUAUGAUGACAGGCCAGAUGGAUACAUUGUCUGGUACUGUUUCCGCAUUCUGUACAACAUGCAGCUGGUAUGCCGACACUGGAGAUGGUGCAUCCUCACCACCCCGUCGUUCUGGUCAAAUAUCGAGGUGUAUCCAGAGACGACAUCGGACAGCUUCAAGGAGAUCCUUCGACGUAGUGCCAUGCUACCCCUCAAGGUAUCCUUCAUACACGCGGAACAUUUGAUACCUCAUAUCGAGCCACACAUGCACCGCGUUCAACGACUACGCUUCGUCUCCGACUUCGACUCCAUCGAGGAGGGGGGGUCUAAUAUGAUGCACUUGAGACUGUUCAGUCAACCUGCGCCCGUCCUCGAAGGCCUCCAUCUGACAGUUGACAGCGACUACUACGGGCCGACCAUAGACACUCCGCGUCUUUUUGACGGCAUGGUGCCUCUCAUGCGUCUAUUCGUUGAUUGGUACUAUCUGCCGUGGCCCCAAACCCAUUUUCCCCAUAUCACCCACCUCUUCGUAAAAUAUCCGCCCAUGUAUGGCAAGCUCUCCUUUGAAGAGUUUCUGGACUUCCUAGGGAGCUCCCCGCAACUGGAACAACUCGUUAUACAGGGAGUUGGACCAAGCGACUUGCCCCUCGGAUCCCGGAAAGUCUCUCUUCCUAGCCUACGGGUCGUCGAUUUGACGGAUUGCGAUUGGCUCGUCCUUGUAUGCAUUCUGCAACAAAUCAUCCCUAGCCGGUCAGUUGCGCUUAGUUGCGAAUCGCCCGACGGUGUACCCACAGCGGCAUGGAGUGACCUAUUACUCCUCAAGCUACCCGAUGCGCCCUUUUUCUCUCGCAUAGGUUCUGUCAAGGAAUUGGGCCUCUGGGCCAACGCCUCUCUCUGGUCGGGAUUCUGCUUCGAAUGCCACGACACCCUGAACUCCUUUACGUUUCGCACAGAACUAGCACUUUCGCGGACCGAGGAAAACGGCAUGCUCGAAGCAGUGGUGGAAUUCCUCGACCAGCGCUUCGAUCUCUCGACAGUGGAAAUCCUUCGCCUGAGGAUCGGCUCCCUCUCGCAGAGCAUCAUUCGCACGCUCUUCGAAUCCGCACCUGCUGUUGAGUCCCUCACCAUCUCAGUCGGCGACUCGGAGGGCGUGAAGUCGGAAAAAGACGCUAUCACGCUUCUGGUGGAUAACCAACCCAUGCUCCUGCCUGGCUUGAAACGCUUGCGCGUUGCAAAACACAUUCAAAGCUUCAAACCAUGGAUGCCCGUCUGUGCCUUGGGGGCAACGAUCAAACGGGCCAAACGCGGCUAUCCCUUGCGCAACAUAACCUGCACGGCCGUCUCUGAGUCCGACUCGGGGAUGGUUCCAUGUGACGGCAGAGAUCCUGCAAGCGUGAUGCUUGACGAUGAACGUGUCAUGGACUUUGUGGACGAGCUGGUGUUGGAGUGUGUCGAUGAUGAUGGGACGUUGCUGGACCAUCCAAAGAUCGAGCAUUGGAACGGGAGGAUGUAACGUUGGCCCGGCGACUGGAGCGCUUUGCUCCCAUGGACGGGCUUGAAGUAGCAAAAAGGUGCAUUGAAGGUUCCAAAUGAAACGGAAGAAAGGUGCAUUGGAGAUUUCGAAUGAAACGGCUAUAACAACGAAUGGAAAGAAGCCGCAGACGUCGUUACGCACUGCUCUCGAUCUCUAUGUAAAUCAGUCUUGAUGUAUACUGUUACAACCAGUUCAC